AUGACCGAUUUCAAGAACCAGGCGCAAAUGCGGCCUUCCACCAUCGACGAGUCGCCCAUCUCACCGAUCCGGCUCGACCGUUGCAGGACAAACUCUCUAGAGAAUCAUUUGGAGCAUCGUCCCAAUCGUGCUGAUCUCGUUGACAAGAACAUUCUCCCCGAAUCUUCUGCGGCACCCGGCCUGUUGGCGCACCAGAAAGAGGGUACGCGCGCCAAGGGCGGCAAGCUGACCAGACGACAGCUCCAGAGGAACAUGCUCGAGAACAAACUCAACGACAAGAUCUCGCAUCGCCCAGACCCUGCGACACUCGUCAAGGGCGGUCUCUUACGUGAGGAUCCCCGUUUGGAGGACCAAGCAGGCCACGAGGGCACGGAGAAGGCGUAG